CGUUUCGAAGGCGAAUUGGUUGUUUUAAUACCUAUUGUCUUGAUUGUUGUGUGCUGCAGCUCAGAUUAAUCUUAGGAAAAUUGUAACAACAAUGAUAUCUGAAAAGCUCUACGAGUUUGCUCGUAGUGACAAGAGUGUGAGCUCUGAGCUUGCCAAAAACCCACAAGAUUCUCCAGGGCGGAUUGCACAUCGGCUGUAUGGCCACAUCAAGCACGAAGGGGUUGGGGAUGCGCCCCAGCCACCUCCCCAAGAGUCGGGGCAUGAUGCUUACUUACAGCGAGCACUAGAGUGUGGAAAAUGGGGGAACCAGCGACCGACUGACCUUUUUCUAAAGUGCUACUAUGAUGCUUUACUCUCCCUUGAGCACCGCCCUCUUGCGGGACUUGUGUCUCCUUCCUUAAUGGGCAGCAGUGGUGUGGUGCCUCUGACUAUCAUCUCUACUCUUCCAGACAUCAAUCGCCACACUGCAAAUUGCAUUGUUCGAGCUAAGAAGGAAGUAUUCUUAGCUACCAAUUUUUGGAUUCAUUCGGAUGCCUCGAUGAUUAUUACAAAUGCGCUGAGAGAGCUUUCGAGGCGCGCGGGCGAACGCGGAGAAAGGGUGGUGGUAAAAAUCAUAUAUGACCGAGGAAGUUUGAAGCAGCUAUAUGAGAAUCAUCAGCACGUGUCACCAGCCGAAUGGACCGGUUCUAAGGUCCAACUUCCUGCACCUGAAGAAAUUCCAAACAUAGACAUGGAAGUUAUCAACUACCAUCGCCCCAUGCUUGGGACUUUUCAUGCAAAGCUAUGUGUCAUCGACAGAAAAAUUGGCCUGCUCCAAAGUAACAAUGUGCAAGACAAUGACAACCUCGAAAUGAUGAGUCAUCUUGAAGGUCCUAUUGUAGAUGCAAUGUACGACCUGUUACUCAUUUCUUGGAACAAACACUUUAAUCCUCCCUUGCCAAUGAUUGGUAGUCCAGCGGCUGGCAGUGUGGCUACGUUAAGCCUUCAAGACGUGCCUGAAUUCAUACCCUCAAAAAACUUAGACUCUCCCAGCUUCAUAACCCUGCGACCCGAAAAAGAGGUUAUGCUCGAGUCUACUAGUAAAGACCCACAUUAUGAUUCUAAUUUGUACGAAGAGGCGAAACGAGUUAACAGUCAGCUGAAUCCAUCCGAGGGGGAGACUGGACGAGAUGCUACCGCCCGCCAUUUAAACAAGACAACACUUGGCAAUAAUAAGGUGGCAACUGAAUAUGUCCCCACAAACGAUGGUCCAGACAUUUCCGAGGAUGAUGAGAUGGUUCCAUAUAUUUUACCUCCUCAGCAUGAGGCAGUUCCCAUGGCACUCAUCAGUCGGGAACCAAAUGGCACUCCUCACAACUCCAAUUAUCCCGUCCCCCAGAACGCCGCCUGGCUCGCUGCAAUCGCAAAUGCUCAAAGGUCAAUAUUUAUUCAAACUCCUAAUAUGAACGCUGAGCCAAUCCUCAAGGCUCUAUUAACUGCAGUAAAGCGUGGCAUUUCUGUUACUGCGUACGUGACGCUCGGGUACAACGAUGGAGGCGAACUACUACCGGGUCAGAAUGGAACUAAUGAGAUGGUUGCAAAUCGGCUAUACUCUUCUCUUGAAUCAGAUGAACACAAGUCGAGAUUGAAAAUAUACAAUUAUAUUGGAAAGGACCAGAAGGUCCCAGUACAUAAUAAAUGGAAGUAUCGUAGCAGUCAUGUCAAGUUGAUGAUCGUUGAUGAUGCAAUUGCCAUUCAAGGGAACGGAAAUCUAGAUACCCAGUCUUAUUAUCAUUCCACUGAGGUAAAUAUCCUCAUCGACUCGCCUGUUAUUUGCAAGGCAUGGCGGGAUGCUAUAGAGCGAAACCAAAAUACUUCAAAAUACGGUCUUGUGGAUUCUAAAGAUGGGUGUUGGCAUGAUCCAGAUACAGGUGCCAUACCAGAAGGUUCAAUUGGAUCCGACCCGGGACGUUUCAGUUGGGCUAAAGGAGUGGUUGGAGCGGUGCAGCGUGUACGAGGCGUAGGCGGUUUUUAAUUCGAUUUCGCGUCUAUCGAAAAAUGUGCUCAUAAGCUCGAAAUCUACUUGUCAAUCCGGGCGAAGCCCUGAUUAAUGUUUUCUCUCCCAUCUAAUAGGAAUUAAAAUGUGUGACUGAUUUACUAUGCGUGUACAUUGCGAAACGAGUAUUUAGAAUUUCGAUGAUUAUGUCUAUGUGUACAAAAUUCUCUAAUGAUAUUGUUUUUCUUGCA